CAUUCUUUCUUGCCUCUUUCUCAGAUCCUUCCGCUUCUUCUCUCUCUAAAAUUAUUCUGUAACAAUGAUUUUUGAAGCUUUCACGUGGUUACGUUUGUUCUUGUUCUUCGUUACUAUAGCCUCUUUCUGUAUUGUCUCUCUCUCGGUUUUUGUUCUGAGAUUGAAGCCAUGGUGUAGUUGUGAAAUCUGUCAAUGUUUUGUCAGUUCAAGGUGGUCCUUGGAAUUCAGUAAUUUGUGUGAUUGGUACUCUCAUCUUCUGAAAAAAUCAAAAACUGGAACAAUUCGUGUUCACAUUCUUGGUAAUAUUAUCACUGCCAAUCCAGAAAAUGUUGAGUACAUGCUCAAAAAAAGGUUUGAUAAUUACCCAAAAGGCAAACAAUUUUCAUCCAUUUUGAGUGAUCUUCUGGGGAGAGGGAUUUUCAACGUGGAUGGCCAUUUAUGGAAGUUCCAGAGGAAAAUGGCAAGUCUAGAACUAAGCAAUCUUUCUGUAAAAUCAUAUGCAUUUGAGAUUGUAGUGUCUGAAAUUCGUUCCAGACUAAUUCCAUUAUUUUCCUCUUUUUCUGGUAAAGAAAAUGGUGUUCUUGAUUUACAAGACGUGUUUCGAAGAUUUUCAUUCGAUAGCAUUUGCAAAUUUUCAUUCGGACUAGACCCCGGCUGCCUAAAAUUGUCACUACCGGAUUCAGAAUUUGCAGUGGCCUUUGAUCUUACAUCAAAAUUAUCAGCUGAGCGCGCAUUGACGGUAUCACCAUUGAUCUGGAAAAUGAAAAGAUUUUUCAAUUUAGGCAGUGAGAAGAAACUGAGAGAAACCAUUAAAUUGGUUAAUGUCCUAGCUGAGGAGCUGAUCAAGCACAAAAGAAACAUGGAUGUCUCCUCUCAUGAAGACCUAGUGUCGAGAUUUAUGGCGAAUAUAGACGACGACAAAUUCCUCCGGGACAUUGUCAUAAGCUUUGUCCUGGCAGGUCGAGACACCAUUGCCUCAGCCUUAACCACUUUCUUCUGGCUAUUGUCAAAUCAUCCACAUGUCAUGCUGGCUAUUCGAGAAGAAUCAGACCGAAUAAUGGGGUCGAAAACUCAAGAUGUUGCGAGUUUUGAGCAAUUGAAGGAAAUGCAUUAUCUUCAAGCAGCAGUACAUGAGAGCAUGAGACUAUUUCCACCAGUUCAAUUUGAUUCAAAGUUCUGUCAAGAAGAUGAUAUUCUCCCAGAUGGUACGUUUGUAGCAAAAGGCACUAGGGUUACAUACCAUCCCUAUGCAAUGGGCAGAAUGGAAACAAUUUGGGGCCCGGAUUGCCUUGAAUUCAAGCCUGAAAGAUGGAUACAAGAUGGGAUUUUCAAGCAAGUAAAUCCUUUCAAGUACCCAGUAUUUCAGGCCGGGUUUAGGGUUUGUUUGGGUAAAGAAAUGGCAUUGGUGGAAAUGAAAAAUGUUGCUUUGUCUUUCAUUAGGCAGUUUGAUAUCCAAAUGGCUAACCCAAGUCACACUCUUAAGUUCACGCCGGGCCUGACUGCUACAGUCAAAAAUGGUUUGCCUGUGUUCGUACAAGGAAUCAAUGGUCGCACUCAAACUAUCAAAAACCUGGCUAAAAAUCAUCAGUGAUGAGACAUUUCUUGACUAAACAUCUUUUCAUCAAAAUCUACAAUCUCGUGACACAAUCUUCCAUGCUGCUAAACAAUAUUGUAUAUUCUAUUCAAUGAUUUCGCUACAUCUUAAAAUCUUGAUGGGGAUUAGGAAAAUGAAUGUCGGACGUAGAUGCAUUGAACCCAGGCCUUAUUCUCAUUGUUUAAACUUUAGAUAUUGUAGUUAGAAGCACGAGAAAACAAUUCAAUGUGCAGUGGAUAAGGUGGUGGGUUUAGGACCACAAGUUUCUGCAAUUCUCUAAUGUUUGUAAAAUUAUUUUGUUAACUUUGGAUCUCGAAGUGUCUUGAAAAUGUUGGAUUCACACUUUGAAAUUAUUAAUAUAUUAGAAUAUGUAUACUUUUAAGAAAACUUUUUUCAAGUAUAAUUAAAAACGUUUAGGUUGAAAAGCGAGCAUGUAUGGUCCUCAUG